CAUAGAGGGCGUAACAAACAUUCUUUUACGCAAUCGAUAUUUCGAAACAUAGAAUAUAUAAAGUUCCAUGUUUAAUCUGUCGUGUAUUUCAUUUGUGCCAUAACCUUCAAGUUAGGUCUGAAAUAAAUUUUCAGAAGUGAAUAUGAUCGAGUAAUUAAUAAAAAAUGGAAGAAACCGACGAUUUGGAGGACAGUAUAAAAAUAAGUGCCAAUGAGUUAUUGGCUUUUCAAAGAGAAUUAAAACAGGAGAAAGAACUUCUUCAAAAGAUAUUAACAAAAAUUGAUGAUCAAGUACACAGAUUACAGGUGGAACAACUUCAUUUAUUGGGCUUAAUGAACAAAUCAUUAAAAGGCACAACAGAAAAUUCCUCCUCGUAUGAACCUGAAAAUGAUAUUCAACAAGAUUCUACAAACAAAUCAUUAGACUUGUCUGUAGCAUCAGCCUUUAAACAUUUUGAAGAAGAAAUUGAAGAUGAAGAUGAUAUUUAGUACGAAUAAUUUUUGUAACUUAAAAAUAUUAAAAACUAUACAUUUUAUACAUAUUGUUAUUAAUAAUUUUGUCAGUUUGAUAAAUUUGUUUACAACUGAAAAAUAUAUUAAUUAAUUUUAUAAAUAUACUUCAUAUUAAUAAAUUUCUAUGUCUUAAUACAUUUUACCUUAUUAACAAUUAAAUAAAAGUACAAAAACAGAGUUAAAUAAAAACCAAACUAUUAUUAUUUCUUAAAUCAAGGAGUUGAAGAAUUGUCUAUACAAAUUUGAUGUACUGGCAAUGAUAGCUU